CUGAUGCAGUAAGAAAUGGUAUAAAUGCGCCUUCAACUGAGUAGUAUUCGUUGGCCUGAAUUGCUAGUCGACUGAUCGGUGUUGCGAUGAGAUUGGUCUGGAUAUUAAUGUCGCUGCAGCUUAUGCUCCUGGCAACUGCCCUUAGUGCGAGAAGAUGUAUAACCCCAACUAAAGCUCCAACUACCACGGAGGAUCCUGACGACCCCACUGAUGAUCCCUGGGAUCCCACGGAUGACGACUCAACUGAGGACCCAUCGGAUCCAACCGGUAAACCCACUGAAGUGCCCACUCAACAGCCUUCGGAUGCCACACCUACUGAAGAACCAUCGAAGCCAACUGAAAAUCCAUCGGAUCCCACUGAAAAACCCUCGGAACCCACUGAAAAUCCAAUAGAUUCGACUGAAAAUCCCUCGGAUCCCACUGGUCAACCGACUGGGGAAUCGUCGGAUCCCACAAAUGAAACCACAGAAAACCCCUCGGAUCCCACGAGUCAACCUACAGAGAAGACAACAGCAGUUCCAUCGGAAGAAACUACUGAGGCUCCGUCAGAAACCACAUCUGAAGAUUCACAGAGCUCUUCGGACGACCCGGGAAGCACUAGGACACCAACUGAAGAACCACCGAAUCCAAGUGAAUCAACUGCUUCUCCUUUGUCCACAUUUUCACAGCCGAACGGAACCACCGAGCCCAUUCCCAGCGUGGAUGCGAAUGCCUCGUGUCGGGCUCAUCAGGGUGUCCAGUUCCUGCCGCAUCCCUACGAUUGCCACCUAUACAUCCACUGCAAUGGGGAUGUGGGGUACGUCCAGGAUUGUCCCAGUGAUCUUUUCUGGGAUUCAAUCACCCAGACCUGCGCCAAACACUGCGCCUAGGCAAAUAAAGUACUAAGAAUAGCAUGCUCUUAAAAA